AUGGCAGUGCUUGACAAAAGUAAACUGAAUCAAUCAUUUAGGAAUCAGGUCAAUAAUGGCGUGCAAAGUAAGGAGCCGAAUUCAGCCAAUUCUAUCCUAAGCAGUGUUAAACAACGCUCACUUUCAUUCAUUUUUCAAGGAAUAUGUGGUGAAGAAAUUGAUAAAGUCCAGGUUG